AUGUCAUCUCCCAUUCCACCAGCAUCAUCACCAAGAUACGCACCACACGCCAGGCCCCUGGGCUCCUCGCCGGCACCAUCUUCACCACAAACACCAUCGUCACCCUUCUUCGCCAGGCCACGCACAAAUUCCUUCUAUAGACGCAACAAAAUGUCCAUCGCGCAAACAUACUUCCUGGCCCACAAGGCCCGGGCGAAGCUCUCGUCCGAGGCGGCUCGCCCCAACCACAACCUGCGCCUGCUGGUCGGCCACGCCAACCUACUUGACUCGCUGAUGCUGGAGCUGGCCGAUGCCGAGCGCCAGCAGGAGUCGUGGUUCAACGAGUCUGUUCGGGGUGCGAGCUCAUACAACAGCAGUGACGACAGCACAUCGAGCGAAGAAAGGCACGUCCAAUGGGCCGAUACCAUCAUUGAGGAGCCCGAGCACGACUGGUGUGCUGAGGAUGCAGAGUCGGAUUCCGACUCAGCCUCCGACGACUCGGAGAUCAGUUACGACGAGGACGAUUACGACGAGGAAGACAUCGAGAUGGCCGACGCCGUGCCCCUGUGCCGCGUGCCCUCGCACAGCAGCACACAUCACCUUGCUUAUCCAACAUCAACAAGCGACGAUUAUGAUAUGAGCUCCGACAGCGACGAGUACGACGAGUACGACGAGGAUGAAGAAGAGGAAGAUAUUGCCGGACUCGCGCUCCGCCGCAGCCCGUCGCGGUCGGUGUUGCCAUCAUCAUCCACGCCGCCCGAGCUCUUGGAUGACUCGUCGGACGACUCCACUGAGGACGAGGCCAUGCCGCCGUCGCCGCCAACGACGGUCAUUGCCACGUUCGAGGACGCUGCUGAGAAGCACGACACAACAACCGAAGACGCAGAAGAACCAGAUGCGGUGCCUGAUGAAGAGAAGGCGGCACCGCCUGUCUACUACAUCCCAACGAGGGCAAGGCCAGGCGGUCUUGUGUCGGCGAUAUCAGUCUAUUAG